AUGUCCGUUAGUGUAACCGUGCACGAUAUUGGCCCAUCGUCGCCGAUCGUGGCUAAUCCGUUGGCCGAUUUGGAACAUGUCCGCAAAACUGCCCACGAAAAGCUGCGCAUUCGUCGGUUGGUUCAGGUCCGGCAGCAAUCGAAACAGCUAGCAGCGAAAGUGCGCCAAAAUUAUCAACAAGCAAAGGUGAAAGAGUUAGCCAAAAUUGAGCAAACGAAGCGUGAAGAAGUAAAAGCCUGGAAGCGGCAACAUGUUCGUCAGUUGCAGGACGAGUAUGCGCGCACUGUUUGCGAGGUGGGUGAAGCUCAUAGGGCGGCUGAAGCCGCCGAAGAAUGUGCCGUCUGGUUUGAAGAGAAACGUGCUACCCAACAAGCCGUUGCGUUACAGCGUGGGAAAGCGGCAGAAGAGAAUGCAGCACGUGAACGCGAGCGCAAGAAAGCGGUGCGUGAUGCUAAAAUGCGCAAGAAAUCUUACGUGCCAUCGCGAUCGAUUGCCGUACAGGCGUCUAUUCCGAAUGUGGAACCCACUGCUGAAGAAGACCCACAGAGUGCCGUAAAUGCCGCUCCGAAUGACGUGAGUUCGUCAACGGACGUUACGCUUAGCCCGUUCGAGCAGUUUCGUUCGAUCAGGAAACCCUUGGAGCACACGAUGCCAGAAACGAUCCAACGCGAGGCCAAAGAUCAGAUCUACGGUCCAGGUACUACUGUUGGUCAAGGGGACAAAGAAAACGACCCGUGUAGCGGUAAAGACUACAGUGCCACUGCCUUCACUUCGCCGAGUGAUUUUCGGCCGAUUGCGGAACCGCAACGACGGCUGCAACCAUUUACACAGAUCACUGAACUGAUCCAGCAACGACGACACCGUCAACUGGAUACCGACGAGAACCGACACCAGCUACCGACUCAAACAAUAUCUUCUGGGGCACGGUGUGGGGUUUAUGGGAUUCAAAAAACGGUCCAAUUUGACGAUAUGAGUGAUAAUACUCUCUCCUUUCCGACAAGCUCAGUUCUCACGAACGACGAUCGCCCGUUCUCAACAGCACCGGGUUCUCCAAGGAAAAUUGUACCCCGAAAACUCGUAGAACAGCCGAAGGGACAUCCGGUGAAGGUGCAAGAGAAGGAAUUAAUUUCAACCGCCAAACGAGGCAAAGUUAGCCUUCCUGAGUCAAGUUCAUCUACAUCGUACGGUACGAGUGCGAAAGUACAGUAUUACGACUAUAACACAAGAUAUCGGAAGGAAUAUGAUCAACCGGUUGGGUUUGUCAACCGUGAAGAACGGAAACUAGACGAUCCCUCUGCAAUGGAGGAAGCGAAUCGUUAUGAAAAAUUGCAACAAGAGCUUGCAAACGCACGAAGCAACCUGGCAGAUGAUCGCGGUAAACCAGCCCUAGAAAAACAACAGACUCGAAAAGAUUACGAAAAGCUCUCGAAAGAACUUGAUAAUUUGACCAAAGCUGGAAACAAAUUGAAAAGUUUGGCUGUGCCCAUAAAAGCUCCACCCUCGGAGGCCUUGAUCAAGCAGAAAGCGGAGAUACGUCAGCGGAAGGCAAACGAGGCCAUCGAAACCCUACUACAACAGCGAGCUUUGAUUACGUGCCCGGUGGUACCUUCGCAGACAGAUAGGCGAACAGCACCCGUAGCGCGUCCGUCCGUAGUAAAUGUUGCGGAAAAGCCAUCACACAUGCGCCAGAGUGCUACGGCAGAAUGCAUGGAAAAUCGCAACAAAGAUGCUUCCACCGAUAGCUGUACCUCGAUCGUGCUGGGUACGUUCGAGCGGCCGGGCAUUCCAUUGCCGACGGACGAACUUGGUCCGAAGGAUGGCGGAGGGAUGGAUAAAAUCGAACAGCUAAAGAAAUUGCUGCAUCAGAUGCAGGAACAGCGACAGCUGCUUAUGGAGGAGAUUGCGCGUGAGACGGCAGAAGAAUCCUCCAAAAAACAGCAAAGUGAUGGCGCGAAUGGAAAUGUAGCUACGAAGCAAGAAAUUGCCAGAUUAGAGCGCAUGAAACAACGCCAAGAGGAAUUGAUCGAACAGCAAAGAUUAUUGCAGGAGCGCGAGCGUGAAGUGGAAGAGCUGGAUCGACAACUGAGGGAGAAAUUAUCCAUGUUACGGUUGAAGAAACAAGCACAGGACACCGUGCAAAUGAAAACGGCCAAAAAGGACACCCAAAAAGCCCCGAAGCAGCAGCAGCAGGUGCAAGUGGAAACGAGAGGAAAUAAGGGUGCAAUUGAUGUCGACGUGAUCCAACCGUCGUCGAGCACUACGAGCGAGAGUACCAGUGGCUUAGAUUCAUAUGAAGCAGUUCAGACGCGGACCGGUGAUGCCCCGGUAAAGAUAAUUAUCAUGGUGAAUGAUAAGGGAACGCCAUCGAAAAGAAAACACAAAAAGAAACUUCUUCAGAAGAAAAGAUCACCGGCUAAAGUUGGGGUGGAAAAAAUUGAAGAACAACUGCGCCAACCUCCUGAGAUGGUCGUGAAUCCCCCGCCAGUGCGAAAAGAACCCAUACAAGUAAGAAAGCUGAAGAAAGGGGUGCCAUCAAAAGUGAUGGAAAUCUCUCCAGGUAGCACUUCGACGACGUCGACCGUGUAUCGAACGUUGCCGCCAAAGAUUGGCAGUCUGAAAAUAAAUAAUUUGCUGCCACAGCCACAACCUGCAGUAGACAUUCAAACACGGCAAAGCGUUCCGGAGUGCACUGUUGGAUCGGGUCCGAAACAUCUUUUACAAAAGACGGCUAACAAAAUGAACAUCGCCGUAGGCAAUAAACGGGCUAAGGGAGAAAACUUGAAUCCGCAUUUGCUUAAGUAUAUCGUUCGACUGCUGGGAAUGUCUCGGCAGUCGAUCGACCAGCUCGGUGUAAGCUCGACGAGCGUGUCGACGCCGAAUGCGUCCGUUGUUAAUGUCAGUACCAACGCCGGUACACGAUCGGAUGUCGCUCCGAACGAGCAGGAAGCCGAGCGAUUGGAUCGGUUACAGAGAUUUAUCGACGAGAACUACAAUUUCCUGCAAGAGAUCGACGAAACGCUGAAACGAUCGGAUCAGUCAACUUUGGGUAGCAGUGAUCGUAGCGGGACAUCAGCGGCUGGCAGCAGUUUGAUUAACGACGUGCAGCUGACCGAUGGCGAUGUGAGUCGUGUGCAGGAUGUCUGGAUGAAGACGUUGCGGCGUAGGGAACGUAUCAAGCAAAAGCAACAACAGGAAACAUUGCAUACCACGGAAAAAAUCGUAGGCAACUCUCAGAAGAAGAAUGAUGCAAUGCAAAAGUCUACGAAAGGGGAUGUUUCUGGAGUGCAACCACUAACAGACACUCGCAAGCGGAAGAAUCACUCGACCGUGAAUGAGGACGUGCGUUUAACCACCGAUCAACAGUCCAGCAGCGCACGGCAACCGGUAAUCGUUAGAGAAGGCUCAUUGAAGUCUAUACUGAAAUCUCCCCCGCGAGAUGCAUCAUCGAAGGUAGCUAAAAUCAUUACACCCCAGGGGCACGUGGAGGUGAUUAAUCUGAGCGAUCGAGAAGAGCAGAAGGUCCUGGAACACUACUCUCAGCUGAAGGAGUGCUCUAACCAGCGCAUUACGGAACUAUCCGAGAUGAUCAAUCAGGUGCGAGAAGAAACGCGCCGCCUCGUCGAAGAUAGUCUAUCGUCCUUUGAGCAGCAAGAAUCAACUAAAUACAUGGACCUACCAACAACAAUCAGUGCUGGUGGGCAGCCACACAAACACGCGACUGUUGCUGCGCCGCCUGUAGUGGAAAAGGAUCCCUGCGAGGGGGUGGUUGCUGCAUCUUCGGGACCGCCGUCAAACGUGCCGCUGGGUGAGGAUCUAGUUAGUGAGGAAAUCGAUAACAUAUUCUCCUCAAAGCAGAUCGGUCUCAGCAAGGACAGCGGUAUAGCUAUGUCGCGGCCACUUACCGCGUCCGAUAUCAGGGAAAGUCCGUCGGAGGAAGGUAGUCAGGGGCGCGAACCGCUUCCGUUCGAACCGUUCUUCAAAGAUAUUCCGAAGCCCGCUUCCAUCGCAGUAAGCGGAUCGCACGCUGGUCUAAAACCGUUGACACAGGUCGCGUCAGGGAGCAUACGUCGGGCCGCUCCUCCGAUCGCCAUCACCCGAUACAGUCCCCAAAUGGAUGAGGUACCGAUGCACGAGCUCUCGACGAUUCCGGAAGUUGAUACGUCUGCUGUGGCAACCUCGAAAGUAAACGAAGUCUCCGCUCAGUCCCUUUCGGUUGACAAUUCGAACCCAGCUCAACAGACUCUUAUCGAGGCUCGGAAUAGGCUACUACUGAAUGAUACUGUUCCCGAUAUUGGAUAUGAUCGGUUCCCCAAGUACGAAGAGUAUGUGCGAAAUACCGUAGGAGAUGUCGCGUUGGUGCGGGUCGAGUUGGAGAAAACGACCGAACAUACCGAUAAAGGUGAGCUGCUGCGGUUAGAUAUGACCGGCGACCGUGAACCCGACCGGCUGCAGUACCGUAGCUAUCCACUUCCGGCUCCACCUUUUGACAUAACAGAGGAAGCAAACGCAACGUUGGAACCCCGUCCAAAUGGAACCGACGUUGCCGCCAGUAAAUCCAGCUCAGAUGCUUCACUUCCCGAUGUGGUUACCGAGCUGAAGAAGUUGAACAUUAACCUGCCGUUUAAUAAUUCGCUAGACAAUUCUAACCGAUCGACGCCGCUGUCAGAAGCGCAAGAGAACCAGCCAGCAACAAUGCGCCCCAGACCUUCACAUCAGGGCGUUCGGAAUGAUGCGACAGAAGCGCAACUGAAUCAAUUGUCCGAAUCGCUUGCCCCAGACCUAGAGGAGUUGUCCGGGCUUCGGUGGGCGUCGUCGAUGUUGAAGCGCCAUCAACUGGGACGGAAGCAACAGCUCGAACAACACUCAAGCGGUUCAUCACCAAUCUCCUUGGUGGAAGCGAAACCGAACUCCAGUGACGCAACGAUGGAGAACGACAUUUCAGACACGGGCAAACCGCCCAAACUGGCUGAGUUCAUAUCGCGUCAGCUGAUGAUGCGAACGCAUUCGGACCUGCUGUCAGGAUCGUCCGCAUCAUCUUCGCAAAGCUCAUUGCACCGGGUGUUGCUGAACAUGAGCCAUUCAAACAACAGCAACACGUACUCGAGCCCCGCGCGAGAAUUGCUCCUACAUACGCCGACGGACGCGAAGAGUGUCCAUCGAACGUCGACCCCGGUUGCCGUCAGUAAAUCGACUGCCAGUGGCAGCAGUGCACGUCUGGGGGUUGAGGACGUUACGGAGCUCGCCACAAACCGCACCGACGCCGUAUUAUUUUCUGGCGAAUCGCAGCUAUCAUCCGUGCAUUGGAACUCUUCUUCGCCAAGCUCGUCGGAGAUGCAGUUGCCCGAGCAUCGCCUUACUGCGCCCGAUGUCCGGCUGGAGAGGCAGUCGGUGACGAACGACCGUAGUGGAAAGUAA